AUGUAUCACUCCCAGUACUGGAGCACUAUACAAGAACGUGGUUUUCGAACUAAGCGAACAGGUACCGGUGGAAUAGGAGGGCAUCCGGGGAGUUCGAAAGGUGCUGAUAAGACCAAAUGGAAUAUGUUCGCCGACAUGUUUAAUCCUGUAAAGAAAAAGGAAGAUGUGGCUGAAGGAUGGAAUCAUUACGAUACAGAGCUGAAAAAAUUGCCGGAAACGCACCAGAAGACAUAUACUGAUGGAUUCGUGAAAGGUUUACUCGCCUCAAAAACUACACCCCAUCCUACCCCGAAGAAAUCGAAUACACUCACUCGAUUUUAUAUCUUUCUUGUAGCUUGCAUUCUGAUAGGAUACUUGAUGGGCGGUUGGUUUUUAUCAGCAGCAUACACUUUCACCACAUUUUUAUCCUGA